AUGGAGAGCCCAGAUACGGGCCCUGGGAAGCGUCCGUUCCAGCCCGUUUCGGUAGGAACCUGCUACGCCCAGACAGCCAACGAUCGUUUUGGAAGCGGCGCCAGCGAGGCUGUCCGCGAGCGUGAACGCUUCGCUUCCUACCUCUUCCCCGGCCCAGACGGGUCAGUGCCUGACUGGGAGGAGCCGGGUUCCGAUGACUGCGACGAGACGUCCAUUUACCAACUCGUGCCCACCAUGCAACGAUACCGGAAUAACCUGACAGCCCUGUCACAGCUCUACAAUCUAUACUUGGUCGCCUACCAAGGUAAUAUUUUCGUCUACGUGCCACGAAGCGUCCCCAAGCAAACAAUACCUCGACACCCAGACCUUCGUCUUUUUCCUCGCCCGAGCGUGGCGUCUCGUCACAUCGGAGGCUACCAAGAUCCCUCCAAUCCUCACACGAUAAACCACAUCAUGGUCGGGGCCCUUGGCAUGGAAGAGGCCGUGGUGGCGUGCUACGAUGAUGGCGACGUCGUUGCCUACCUGACGAGCGAAAUUGCCGACUGGAUAAAUGGAGCUCGUCAUGGGCCGAGAAAUACCGUGCCGAGGCCGUUUCUCCACGAGAAUGUCGGCAAGUCUGCUUGGGGAUUGGCUGUCCACAGAAAGUCUCGCCUCAUCGCCGUCAGUUCGAAUCGCUGCGAGGUGACCGUCUUUGCCUUGGGCCUGGCGCCAAGCAAGAAAGGAAGACAGGAGCCCGAUAGCUGCGAAUGCUGCCGUCGGGACUGCGGGCAUGUCGAGUCACACGUGCGUCAGCGUGCCCGGAACUGGAGAAUUGUCGUGACUCUUGGGCGUCUGGCAGACAACAUACCCAAUGUGUGCUUCGUCGACGACGACCAGGGCUCGGCAGACAUGAUCUGCGCUAUCGAUAUUAGGGGCGCGAUCUGGCUGGCCGACAUUUGGAAGCCCUCUCAACCGGCCACACGUGUCGAGCCGUGCAACUGUGUCCAGCUGCGAAACUCGGACUCUUGGCCAGCUCUAUCCAGCCGCCUCAGGGGCUGGGGGAUCCUCGCCCUGCCAAGGAGCAGCUUCCUCAAAGUAGACUCCGUCGAAGAGCUUCUCGGCGCAUCGGGCAAAGAGCUUGACCCGUUGCCCAACUCGACCUUGAACAUGGAGUCACAUCUCCAGGACAUACCGGACAACCCGUGUUCUCAGGAGCGCAGCGCCACCUUUCCGGAACACAUGCCGAAUCACUUCGCGUUCGGUACGGGUGUCCUCAAUGCCGUUUUUGUUCAGCACUUGGAUGCGGACGGGUCGCAGCACAGCGAUUCAGACGAGCUGAGCGAGGAGGCAGAGGUCAUCGAGGGGGUGGAAAUCGACCUAGAGGUAGGGCUCGACGGUCUGGCGGGUGCGGCAGACGGAGUGUCGGACAUUGCGGCCACGCUCGUGGACACGGUCGGGCCGGGCGCAGAGACGCCGCAGAUGACGGUGCAGCAACAGCUUUCACAGGGGCUGCCGCCCCAGAUGAUACCCACGACGGGCGCCUUAUACCUGCCGACGAACGGCGGUGACGUGUUGAUAAUACCGCCGGAGACGGUUCAGGCAGCAACGACGCCUCCGCCACAGCUCACUUCACCGUUCGCGGGAGCUUCCGAGAGCUCUGCCGUGGCCACACAGGGAGGCCGAGGGCACAGACAGAGCCAGAGGCCGGGCUGGCCGCCAGCGAGGCUGGAUAUGGUGUACUUGCCACACGAGGGACUGGUGCUUCCGAUGCCUCGAAGGGCAUUUGAGCUAGUGCAAUUCCUCAGGGCGGAGCCGAAGAGCAAUCGCAACCGGGCGGGCGAGUUGUCGGUGCUAGGCCGGCUCGCGAAGAGAUACCACGUGCUCCGACUACAUGAGAAGGAAAUGGAGCUACGGAGCCUGGACCAAGGGGCCGAUGGCACGCCUCGGGAGUUUGGGAUUCUGUGCCCGCAAGCCAUGAACAUGGGGCAGGGCCUGAUGAACCCGACGACGAGGCUGCUUUUCAGGGCGACGAGCCGUCUCAGCAUGGUAGUCCACGUGCCGGAACUGUCGCUGGUGGUGGUGGGGUCGCCGAUCGGGCGGGUGCUGCUGGUGACGCCGACGAGACUGGCGACGCCGGUCAAGAAGGGCCAGGGGCUGUUGCAGCACGGAUUCCGGGUGGACUGGGUACUGCCGAGGCGAUCGGACGAGAGGGUCUACAGACGGGUGGUGCGGCCACUGCACGGGAUGGCCGUGGGGCCGGUGCAGGAGAAGGGGGCCCAAGGGGAUGGGGAGGGAGCAGGAGGAGGCGGGAGCAGGCCGCGGCGGUACCGGCUGAUGCUGCACUACCGAAACCACGACAUGUUGACGUACGAGAUUACGCGGGCGGAGGAGACGGGGAAAGUGUGCAUUUUCUGA